GUGCUGGAAACCGCAUGCCUGGGCUGCUGCCAUGGGGACAAAGAAACAUGUGCGUGUGUAUGUGUACUUCAUCACGUCUACCUCUCUCCGGCGAGCCACCGAGUCGUUUAUACUUGGGACUUUGCAACAAAUUUUCAUGGUCGAUAGUCAAGAUGGAGUGCAAGGCGGAAGACUACUAUGAUAUACCCUACGAACUUCUCCCGACGCCAAACUUUGCAGGUCGACCGACGAGCGAAAUUAGUGAUAUCGGCGGAGUGUUGGACGGGUUUUGGACGUUCCCGAGCAGCGAAUCUUCGUCUUCUGGUGGCGAUGACGAUUCAGGUUUGACUCCGACGGCACAAAGCCCAGCGAAGUCGUUGCCGUUACGGAUCCAUGUGGAGCAAGAAGCGGCAGAAAAACUGGGUAUCAAAGCCAUAUCACCCUCGAGCAAUCGCGUACAACGGCAUACAAGAUACUGGAGCGAUCUGGGACCGACGAGCGAGAUCCCCCGGCCAGGAAAGAAGGCAGCCACGGCUCCACCAGGUGCACCAUGUCUGCUGGACUUUGCAGCGCAACCACCGCGACGAGCCCUCAGUGCGGGACUAGGCCGAUCAAAAACUGUCAGGAGGAGGACCACACAUCGGCAGAGCGAUGUGGAGAGUUUCUUGGUGGCCAAUGGUGCUCUUGAGGGAAUGAAGUCCGAACCACAGAAGCCAUUGCCCCAACCGCCACACACAAGCGAGUGUGAGACCACUGCUCAGAUGUGGAGUACCUUACAACCGUUGAGCUCAAUCUCUGAAAAAGACAGGGUGCGAAAAGCGCUCAGACGUAAGAAGUUAACGAUGUUGGAUACGAGUUUUGUGGAUUUCCAAGCGAGGAGAUAUUUCGAGUCGCCAAUCUCGAUGACGAAUACACCGCGAGAGCUGUAUGGUGUGUCUGCGCCGGGUUUCCCAGGCAUACCUCCUUGUCCGCGGUCUAGUGGAAGUUUGUCGAUACAAAGUUUACCACAGACGUCGUUGCACCCUAAGCAACCUGAUACACUACAUCCCGAAACGUUACAAUGCAAUGACGAUGUAGUCGGCGCAUAUACAGGGGAGCAGAGCAGACUCUAUCUACCUGGCCCUGUCGUUCUUGAGAAGCACUCUAUGUUGCUUCGGAAGGAUUCUGUCGCAACGAUGGACGUGUUUGACAGCGGUCCGGAGCCCAAAGCGAAACGCUUCUCCGACUUGAUGACAGCCGAUGGGAUCGUGACGUUUUUUGCGGACUUGGGGGUGAUUGACGAAACAUCAGACGAUUCCCUGGACAAAUACUGGGUAGACGAAGAAAGUAAACAGCGAUCGUCUGCAUGGUCCAAAUGUACCAGCAUCGUGAGCAUCAUGGAGCCAGUGCUUCGAAGUCCCUUGAGUCCUCCGAGUCCUCCAAGUCCUCGGAGUGCUCAAAGCGGUUGUGAGAUGACAGGUCUCACGCGCAUACCCUCCAGGUUCUCUUUCUCAUCGGCAUCGUCCAGCGCUUCGCUGCCCCGUGCUGGGACGCCAAUAGGCAAGCGCCUAAAGUGGAUAAGGUUGUUGACGCCGGGUAUUCCUGGCUCAGCCUUUCUCAAAAGCGCUGGAAGCUAGGCAGGAUAGACGAGAUUGUUGUGAUAGACUGGGAAAUAUCUUGGGUGAAACUCGGAGAAACGAGAGCUUCGUAAGACGUCAUUUCCAUAGUAGAGGUCCGACCAGAGCCGGAAAUUACCAUUUUAGGCAAUCUGC